AUGGCAGACAAACGUAAUCUACUACACGGGUAUUUGGCAUACUCUGCGUACUAUCUGCGUCGACGAAGGUAUCUUGGGACUCUACAAGUGACUUGGAACAACGCUUGUGGUAUUUUCCACAAUCAUAAGUAUUGUAUCUUUCCACUUUUCUUUUAUAUCCUGACUUGGGUUAUCUAUCUUGAUCUUAUUGGGCCUAGUAUCGCCAUUAGCUUCUCUGCGUACGAGUCUUUGAGAUCUUAUUGGAGAUCAAAUAGGCCCCAUGAUUCUCCUGUCAUGGUCAGCUUAGCUUGUGGAAGUCUUUCAGGCAUAGCAUCUUCAACAGCUACGUUCCCGUUGGAUCUGGUGAGGAGAAGGAAGCAGCUAGAAGGAGUGGGAGGGAGAGCGGUUGUGUACAAGACAGGUUUGUUGGGGACAUUAAAACGUAUAGUGAAGACAGAAGGAGUGAGAGGUUUGUACAGAGGGAUUCUUCCAGAGUACUACAAAGUGGUGCCUGGUGUUGGGAUUUGCUUCAUGACCUACGAGACACUCAAGCUUUACUUCGUUGAUCUUUCCUCAAAGCUAUAG